AUGAAAAAUUCGUUUUUAACCAAGCUUCGACACUUGCUUAGGCAUUUUAAGCACCGGAGCUUGAGGGGCGCGUGGCAGUGUGAGAUUAAUGAGAAAAUAAAAUUCUCUCUUCUCUCUCUCUUUGCAGACCUCCAUCGACGGUUCAAGCUCCAAAAUCCUCUUCCCCUAUUUCCCCAAUUGCUCUGGCCGAAGCUCCGAACGACAGGCCCAACUCCGAUAUCCUCUGUUUCUCCAACUCAGCCUCCUAAAUCUUCUUCUAUUGUCGCUCACUCACCGACUGUGUCUCCGUCGCAUGCUCCAACAAUGUCUCCGGCGACUCCUUCUCAGUCACCAAAAUCUUCAUCCCCUGCUUCUUCUCCAUCUCCGUCAUCAAAAUCUCCAUCCCCUGCUUCUGUUUUUUUUCUCCAAUCACCGUCAUCUUCUUCGCCGGCAAACUCACCAACGUCUUCGCCCUCUCCUGAUCAGACACUUGAUGUACGGGUUUUAGAAUCAUCAUUGAUGGGAUUGUUAGCAAGCUUAGCUCUGUGGGAGAUGUUCAAAUACUGCAGUGACAUAUGGAGAUUUGAUCGUCAUCCUUGCGUUCGAAAACUCUUGAUUGUUUUUGGACAGUGGGGUGAGUUUCUCGAUCACUUUGUUCCUGUUUUUGGUUUGAUUAGUCAAUUAGACAACAACGAACAAGAGAAAUGUGGUCAAGGAUUGAAGAGCCAAUGUGAGUUCGAUGAGGGAAGUGAUCGUUGUUGUGUGAGCUAUGAUGAGAUUGUGGUGAAUUAUGAUGAUGUGAUUGAGCUUGAUGAAGAAGGGAGGGACGGCUCCUGA